AUGUCUGAGGUCGAAAAUAAAGUCGUACCAGUGGAAAGUGAACAGAAAGACUAUGUCGAAGAUGGAAAAAACAAGUUGAUUGUUAAAUGUAAAUUCUGUGGAUCUAAGAUAUUAGAGAAGAAAUCAGCGAAGUAUAUCACAUUAGAGAAAGAACUACCACUAAUGCAACAAGACAACAACAGAAAGGAGGGUGAAAUACAAAAUGAGUCUGUAAAUGAAUUCUACCAUGUCGAAAACAUGUAUACAUUUGAAAAUAUUGGUUUUACGCACACUGUAGCUAAUUGCAAGUACUUAAGUUGUGCGGACUGUGACGCAGGGCCCGUUGGAUACUACGAUAUGGAUACGAAACACAGUUAUGUGGCCAUAUCUAGGAUUGUACAUGCUUAA